AUGCUCCUCCAGAUAGUGUCUGGUGGUACCUCGUGGUGUGAGGGUGGCCCACAUCACACGGCUAUCUUGCAUAGUGUCAGCUGCACAGGGAUAGAGAACAGCCUCGUUUUGAAUCCUCCCGUUCUUCGCUUGUAUGCUAGAUGUCGCGUUUGGUAUGGAAAUCACGCCGCUCUUACCAUUUCUGUUGCUACAGAAUAAAAAUUGAUUUUUCUUUUUACAUUGUUGUUUCUAUUGUUUACUCGAUCACAUUUAUUUAUUCGAUAUCCUAUCUCACAAAAAAAAAGUAGAAAAUCACGAUUCAAUUGUAUUCUACGCGUAUUUAACUUAUAUUUAACUGAUAAUUUUUUAUUUUUAUGAAAAAGAAAAAAAUAAAAGAAGUAAACUUACAAUUUGCAUUUUAAGAGUAAUAUCGCUAGUACGAUGCCUAUGAAAAUUACACCGGCGCAGGAGGAUAGUAGAACCAGCAACCACGUGUCGUCAAAUACUGUCCCUAAAAGUUUAACAUACAUUUUUAAUUACUUAUUAAUAUCUUUUCCUUCGCAUACACGUACUUUUCCUUUUUGAACUUCUUUUUAUAGGCAUUGCAAAAACGUGA